AUGCCGAGGUCUUUUCUCGUGGAUUCCUUGAUUUUAAGGGAGGCAAACGACAAAGGGAACGAAAACAACCCACCUUUAUUCCCCUACGCCGUGCACUCGUCUCACCAUCCCCACGGGCUGCCGGGCUCCUGCCACUCCAGGAAAGCGGGACUGCUGUGCUUCUGUCCGCUGUGCAUGGCCGCGUCCCAGCUCCAUCCGUCUCCACCGACCUUGCCGCUCCUCAAGGCAUCCUUUCCUCCCUUCGGCUCACAGUAUUGCCACUCCACUUUGUCGAGGCAGCACUCCUCCUCCAACAGUGUCAACCUCAGCCACGGCCCGGGGAUAUACCAAGCUGCGUACUCAGUCCCGGACCCGCGGCAGUUCCACUGCAUCUCCAUCGAAAACAACAACGGCAAACUUCAGAGCAGCAAGCGCAUGCGCACAGCCUUCACCAGUACACAACUUUUGGAGCUGGAAAGGGAGUUCACCUCCAACAUGUACCUCUCCAGACUGAGGCGCAUCGAGAUCGCCACAUAUCUGAACUUGUCCGAGAAGCAGGUCAAAAUUUGGUUCCAAAACCGCAGGGUCAAGCACAAAAAGGAGGGGAAGAACAGCGGCCACAGGACUGGCUCUCAUAACUGCAAGUGCUCCUCCUUGUCAUCCGCAAGAUGCUCAGAGGAAGAGGAGGAUGACAUUCCGAUAUCGCCCUCUUCAUCCGAAAAGGAGGAUGUGGAUCUGUCCGUCUCCCCCUGA